AUGGGCUUAUUCCGACGAGGCAACAAAAAUAAUGACGACCCCAUCCAGGUCGGCCGCCUGGACCCUUCCGUCGACCCAGGAACAAACAAACACCAUAUCAAAACCCGCUCCCAAGAUGUCCACGAUCCUGUCUUGACUGCCAUUCAUGAUGAAGAACCUUUCCAAAUGUCUGCAAAUACUCAAGGAAAUAUGGCCACCGUUUCUCCAGACCUAGUAAUGCGUGAUAUUUUCGGUAAUGCUAUCGAGGCCCCAGACCGUUCUAAUCCUACACGCCCCCGCAAUGAGCGCCCUCUUGAUACAAUCCGCGGCUUUGAAUACUUGUGCACAGGUGAUGAGAGACUACGUGAGGAAAUGGAAACAUCGAGAUUUGGAUGGAACCCAAGACCAAACUUUUCAAGUAAUGUUACGUACCCACACUUUGAUUCAAACCCAUAUGCUGCUGCUGGUGUAGGAAACAGUGGAGACCCAAUGUCAUCUUAUGGAGCAUCUUCUGGUGAUAACAAUGCUCCCUUUAAGACUUAUAAUCCGAAUGCCGCCGAGCCUAAGAAGAAGCGCAAGUUAUUUGGACGCAAGAAGAAGCAGAAUACUGAUUAA